CAACAGCAGACAGACACAAAGCAGGCGCCACGCCUCCCCCUCCUCCGACCGCUCUCUCCGUCUUCCUCUUCUUCUAGAACCUUCCCUCCGCCGCCAUGGCCGCCGCCCGCCUGCUGCCGCUGCUCAGGCGCCGCCUCGCCGCCGUGAUCGCCGAAUCGCACGCCCCCUCUUCCCGAGGAUUUUCGUUUCCUCCAACCACAUCUGCGGGGCUAAGAUCCCUCCUGACAGUUACCGAAGCGAGCAACAAUGCAUCUGACAAGAAUUCUUUGGACCAAGAGCAAGAGGGUUCCAAAAUCGACACGCCUCCAGCUCCAGUAGCUGCACCGGAGGCCAGCUUCAGGGUCAGAGAUACCUCCAACCUGAAGAUCUCACCCAGGCAUGACCUUGCCAUGGUCUUCACAUGCAAGGUCUGCGAGACCAGGUCUAUGAAGAUGGCCAGCCGGGAUUCCUAUGAGAAUGGAGUUGUGGUUGCGCGCUGUGGUGGCUGCAACAACCUCCACCUCAUAGCAGAUAGGCUGGGCUGGUUUGGGGAGCCAGGGAGCAUUGAGGACUUCCUAGCGGCGCAAGGAGAAGAGGUCAAGAAAGGUUCGACUGAUACUCUCAACUUCUCUCUGGAGGACUUGGUUGGGUCUCAGGUCAGUUCCAAGGGGCCUUCUGAACAAAAUUAGGCUUCUUCCUAAUAUGGUAGCUUUUGGUCCAGUAAGUAGUACCUGUAGAAGCAACCUUAAGCAUUAGGGAAGUCCCACAAGUUUCUUUCAACUUCAUGUCUUUUCAUGUGUAUCUCUCAAGCCCAUCGAAUACAUGUCAUUCUGAUCUAGCUCUUUUACUGAAAACUCAUCCAGGGGCUUUAAGCCCACAUAAAUGACUAUUAUGAAUUCCUUGUGAA